CUCGUGCCGGGGGUGUGGCGGAAGCCGGAAGCCGGAAGCGCGGCUGGUGCAGGAGUCCAGCAUGGAAGAGUUUAAAGAUGCAAGCCCACCUGAGGAGCUGCUCAAUCACCUGAAGCUGUCAGAUGAGAAGGCUGCAGAGGCUGGCCCCAGAGAUGGCCAGCACCCCCAGGGCUUUGGCUGUGCCCCUUGCCCAGGGCAGGAGCCCACAGAGGAGAGUUUCCAUGACUGUCACGACUCCUUUGAGGCCAAGGGAGCUGUGCUGGAUGAUGAAGGGAAUGUUCAGGAGGACGGGAGUAGCUCAAAGAAGCAGACAGAACUAGAUGAAGAGUACUUGCUAGAACUAGAGAAAGAUAUGCCAGAGGAGGAGAAGCAGAGAAGAAGAAAGGAGAGCACGGGGCUGAAGGAGAAAGGAAAUGAGCACUUCAAGAAAGGAGACUAUGGAGAGGCAGAAGAGUCCUACAGCAAGGCUCUGCAGAUCUGCCCAGCCUGCUUCCAGAAGGACAGGGCUGUUCUCUUCUCAAACAGAGCUGCUGCAAAAAUGAAACAGGACAAGACAGAGGCUGCCCUGAGUGACUGCACCAAAGCUGUGGAAUUAGACCCUCACUAUAUCAGAGCUUUGCUGAGGAGAGCAGAACUCUAUGAAAAAACAGAAAAAUUAGAUGAAGCUCUGGAAGAUUAUAAGGCAGUCCUAGAAAAAGACCCAUCAGUUCAUCAAGCCAGAGAAGCUUGCAUGAGAUUACCACAGCAGAUUGAGGAGAGGAAUGAAAAAUUAAAGAAAGAAAUGUUGGGCAAGCUGAAGGAUCUGGGCAAUUUGGUCCUGCGCCCCUUUGGCCUGUCAACAGAGAACUUCCAGAUCAAACAGGAUUCAUCAACUGGCUCCUACUCCAUCAAUUUUGUUCAAAACCCCAACAACAACAGAUAACAUGGAUUCAGUGUGGCUCUGCACAUCCCAUCCAGGAUCCAGCAAACCAACACCUUCCACCCCCAGGGGAAGAGGAGACUCAGCAAACUCAUUUCCCAGCUUGUGAAAUUAUUUGCAAUGUGGAUGUAAAGCAACUCAUUCAACUUCUCAUAGUGCUAACUGUGUCCAGUGUGUGAUUUAUUCUUUUUGAUAUUUUUUUUCCCCUUCCCUUGUGGUGUUUGGCUUUUCCAAGAGGCACUUCCUUGGUUUGGCCCACUCAGUGCUGGCAGCAGCAGUUCAGGGAAUUCCAAAGCUGGAACAAAGGCUGGGGGUGUCCUGGCAAUGGGGAAAUCCAGCAGCAGCACUGCCCCACCCUCAGCUGGGUGGGACUGGCAGCCCUGGACACAGCUCUGCCCUGGAAUCAUGGAUCUUGUAAUAAAGGCUUGGUACUUCUGCUC